CAUAAAAGGAAACAUUGUAUCUCUUUAUAUGGGGGGAAGGGUCGGGGGAUUCCUCCGCCGCCAGCGCGUGGUCCCGGCCCCCUCCACCCGCCGUCUCGGCCGCGGCCAGCAGCCCCUGCCCCCCGGGGGACGCUGACGGCCGCCGGGCGCGCCGCCCUAGCAUACGGACAGGGGGCGCUCCGAGCGGCCUGGGGCAACCCGGGCCACAGGGGCAGGAAAGUGAGGGCCCAGGUCGGCCCGGGCGUGCAGGGGCCCCGGGUUCGCAGCGGCGGCGGCGGCGGCAGCGAUAGAGGCUCUAGCAGCAGCGGGAGUGCCGGGUUGAGCCGGGAAGCCGAUGGCGGCGGCGGCGGCGGCUCCGAUUCCUCGCUGACUGCCCGUCCGCCCUCCUGCAUUGAGCGCCAUGUUACCGAGCCAAGCUGGGGCCGCGGCGGCGCUGGGCCGGGGCUCGGCCCUGGGGGGCAGCCUGAACCGGACCCCGACGGGGCGGCCGGGAGGUGGCGGCGGCGGCGGCGGCGGGACUCGCGGGGCUAACGGGGGCCGGGUUCCCGGGAACGGCGCGGGGCUCGGGCCGGGCCGCCUCGAGAGGGAGGCUGCAGCAGCAGCGACAACCACCCCGGCGCCCACCGCGGGGGCCCUCUACAGCGGCAGCGAGGGCGACUCGGAGUCGGGUGAGGAGGAGGAGCUGGGCGCGGAGCGGCGCGGCCUGAAGCGGAGCCUGAGCGAGAUGGAGCUCGGCGUGGUGGUCGGUGGGCCCGAGGCGGCGGCGGCGGCCACCGGGGGCUAUGGGCCGGUGAGCGGCGCGGUGAGCGGGGCCAAGCCGGGUAAGAAGACUCGGGGCCGCGUGAAGAUCAAGAUGGAGUUCAUCGACAACAAACUGCGGCGCUACACGACCUUCAGCAAGAGGAAGACGGGCAUCAUGAAGAAGGCCUAUGAGCUGUCCACGCUGACAGGGACACAGGUGCUGUUGCUGGUGGCCAGUGAAACAGGCCAUGUGUAUACCUUUGCCACCCGCAAACUGCAGCCAAUGAUCACCAGUGAGACUGGCAAGGCACUGAUUCAGACCUGCCUCAACUCGCCAGACUCUCCACCCCGUUCAGACCCCACCACAGACCAGAGAAUGAGUGCCACGGGCUUUGAAGAGACAGACCUCACCUACCAGGUGUCGGAGUCCGACAGCAGCGGGGAGACCAAGGACACACCGAAACCCGCGUUCACAGUCACCAACCUGCCGGGUACCACCUCCACCAUCCAAACAGCACCCAGCACCUCUACCACCAUGCAAGUCAGCAGCGGCCCCUCCUUCCCCAUCACGAACUACCUGGCACCAGUGUCUGCUAGCGUCAGCCCCAGCGCUGUCAGCAGUGCCAACGGGACUGUGCUGAAGAGUACAGGCAGUGGCCCUGUCUCCUCCGGAGGCCUCAUGCAGCUGCCUACCAGCUUCACCCUCAUGCCCGGUGGGGCAGUGGCCCAGCAGGUCCCAGUGCAGGCCAUUCAGGUGCACCAGGCCCCACAGCAAGCGUCUCCCUCUCGCGACAGCAGCACAGACCUCACGCAGACCUCCUCCAGCGGGACAGUGACAUUGCCCGCCACCAUCAUGACGUCAUCCGUGCCCACAACUGUGGGCGGCCACAUGAUGUACCCUAGUCCCCAUGCGGUGAUGUAUGCACCCACCUCGGGCUUGGCUGAUGGCAGCCUCACCGUGCUCAAUGCCUUCUCCCAGGCGCCAUCCACCAUGCAGGUGUCCCACAGCCAGGUCCAGGAACAAGGUGGUGUCCCCCAGGUGUUCCUGACGGCACCAUCUGGGACAGUGCAGAUCCCUGUUUCUGCAGUUCAGCUUCACCAGAUGGCUGUGAUAGGGCAGCAGGCUGGGAGCAGCAGCAACCUCACCGAGUUACAGGUGGUGAACCUGGAUGCCGCCCACAGCACCAAGAGUGACUGAUCCGCCCUGCCGCCCUGGACAGAUGGCCCAAGGGAUGGCACCACUUAUUUAUUGUUGCCUUUUCACGUUUUCUUUACACACACGUUGACGGGCCGCAGGAGGGAGGCAGGGAGGAGGAGUGGGCAGCCACGGGACUGAGCCCUCUCACUCCAGCCAAAGAAAUGGGCCAGCCUGCCCUCCACCCCGUCCUCCCUCACCCUCCCCUCCUAGCUCCACCUCCCAUUUUCUGUUGAUGGUGGGGCUGUCCUCCCUCCUCAGACUCCCCUUGCCAGCUUGGCUCCAUGUUUGCCAUGAGUAUUAGCUUACCCAAUGGGACCGUGCCCCACCUUCCCACACACAGGCCUCUGUGGGACUAGGCACCGUGUUCCCCCCUGAGGAAGCAGUUGGGGUCCUCUCCCAGCCUUGCUGACUCUGUGUCAGCCCUGUGUCUGUCACAGGCUGGACAAAAAGAGCCCUACCCCUGCCCCUCAGGGAGCCACCUGGGGAGAUGGGGCUUCUUCCCUCACGCUGCCGCCCCGUUGUCUCUGCAGCUCCUGAGAACUGGGCCUGUGCACAGAGCAGGUUUCUGGGGCCAUCUGCCCUGCCCUGCCCUGCCUUGCCAAUCCCCUUGGGACUCCAGGGACUCCCGGGUUGGAGGGAACCACCAGUGUUCCCUCUCACCCUGUCUUCCCCCCUCUCCUCCCAGCUGCUUUACUUAAAGUUGAUUUUGAACUUUUUAUUUGAGGAGACGAAGUGAAAACAAAUCUAUAAAUAUAUAUUUUUAAAAUAUUUAAACUUUUUUUUAUGGCGUUUUUCUCGUCCCCCUCCCUCCCCAAGCUCCCCUUCCCUGGGGAGCCCUGGGGCUCCCCGGAACUGGCUGGGCCUCUGGGGACAGAGCCACCCCAUGAGCUCGGGGCCCACCAGUGUGUAGGGGAGAUUCUGGGAUUGCCCGGUCCUGGGUUGUUUCCAGGAGAAAACCGGGGGAGGGGCCCUCAGGCCAUGCCCCAACGGGGUGGGGAGGGUGACCCACAGCCCUGGGUCUCUUUUUCCCCUUUAGGGCUGUUGCAAGGGAGAGGGAAGAGGGAGACCAAAUGUGGGGGCGGGGGUGGGAGGGUGUCAGGUAGAGGCAACUGACUUCAUUUGUGCCACACACAUGGGCAUUGCAGCCUUGCGCUCCCCCAGGCCUGCAGCUGCCUGGGGCCCAAGCAGGAAUGGGGGGCAGAAGAAACGGGAGCAGCUCUUGGGCUGAGUAUAGAGAUAGGGGAGCCAGAAAUGGGCAGCUCUCCCAGGGAGUGAGCAGCUACUGUAACUUUUUUAAAUUAAGACAAAAAGCCUUGAAGAAAAUGACUUUAUUUUUCUAAGUGUAACCUCAGUAUUUAUGUAAUUUGUACAGGGGCCGUGCCCUACCCCACUCUGCCCGCUACGGGGUAGACCUUGAGGAUGGGCCAGCAUAGGGGGAGGGUCUUUUACCCUGUGUCAGAGCCUACCUUCAACCCCUAUAUCCAGAAAGGGAGCUUUUUUUCAGAACAGGGCAGCAGUUGGGGUGGAGUUUUAUUAACCCCUGUGACUGCCUUCAGGAAGAACAAUCCUGCUUCUGUGAUUAGGUGAAGGGGUGGGGGAAGUUUUUGUGCACAGCCUAGUUAUCAAGGGGAUGAUUUGCCGACAUGUUUGAGAACCCCUGUAACCUCUAACCCCCAUUGCUGUCUUGCCCCAGUUUGGGGUACCAAGAUGGAAGUCACCAUUCUGGGCUUUCUCCUGGAGAUAGCUGGGGUUUAUGGGUGGCUUACAAGGCUGGGGCAUGGCAAAUCAGGGGCCAGAGAUUGGGGGAGCUUGGGACUCAGGUCUGUAACUGCCCAGCCCCCUUUCUCUGCUCUUGUUUCACUCCACGAUCAUUCACUCACUCCCCACUCCCCCACCCAGGGAAGGAGACUGAUGAAUUCCUCCUCUCCUUCUCACGAAAGACAGACCCAGUGAGUGAAUCAGGCAAAGUGCUUAUAAUGUGUGUUGUGUGAGCGUGGCCUUGGGAGAACAUGUGUGCGUCAGGGAUGAGGUGGCAUUUAUAUGUGCAGCAACCCUUGGUGUUUCCCUUCCUUGGUGGCUCUGGAGUGCGUGUGUGUAUGUGCGUGCGCGUGUGCAUGUGUGUGCAAGUGUGUGUGCCUGAGUGUGUGUGUGUGUGUGUGUGUGUGUGUGUGUGUGUAUGAACGUGGAGUGUGUAUGUAAGUGGUUUCUACUUCCCCUGGGAUGCUGACCCAGGAAUAGUGGACAUGGUCACAGUCCUAUGUACAGAGCUUUCUUUUGUAUUAAAAAAAUACUCUUUCAAUAAAUGUAUCAUUUUUGUGCACAGACA